AAACCUCUCUCAAUAUGUUGUCUGGGAUAAAGUGGCUUUUCUGGUUUCUUGUCAGUAUAUCUUCAAAUGCUACAUAUAUACAGGAGAGGGAUAUUUAGAAGAAAUUACAGUUUCUUUUAUGGACAAAAUAUAAGCAAAACUCUGUGAUUUCUUGUUUACAUUUUUUCCCCCCUAAAUUUCCAUGGCAGGGAUUUCAGCAGAGGAGAUUAAGGAUGCCAGGUUUGUGUACCUGGAAAUUGAAGCCCAAAACUUGGACAAAAAGGAUUUCUUAGGUAAAUCGGAUCAAUUUCUGGAGUUGGACAAGCAGAGCAAUGCUGGAGCAUGGCAGCUUGUGUACAGAGCAGAGGUCAUCAAGAACAACUUAAAUCCAUGCUGGAGGAAGUUCAGUGUUCCCUUGCAAACUUUCUGUGGUGGAGAUUUUAAUAAACCUAUCAAGGCUUCCCAGGAAUCACUUUCCCAGAUAGUUCUGGCUGAAGUGCCCAAGCAGCUAGUGUCAUAAUAUGAAUGGCCGGUAUGGCCCCCCCGAAACUGCCAGAAAUCAAGGUGAUGUAGAUUCAGCUAGCCCUGGCUACCUGUAGCACUGGGGUGAAGGAGAGCUGCCUGCAGCCACACUCUCCCUUACACGCUGUGGAUGCUCAGUGCCUUGAGAUUGCACCAGUCACACCACUUCUUUCACCUGUUUGCACUCAGUCUUUGAUCGUUCAAAGAUUUCUAUUGAAAGAAAUGUAAAUACAGAAAAACCUCCAAGUGCUGGAAGUUUUUGUUGCAGAAAGAUUGACCUUGUUUGUUUUCUACCUUGCAACAGCGACACUUUGUGACACAUCACACUGCACAUAGUUGCUUGACACAGCCCAUCUGCUGCUCACUAUCAGGGUAGGCUUCUGAACUGAGCUGCUCUAGUGCUGAGCUUGGUGAUAGAAGUGUUGCACCUGUGUUUGCUGUAAUGACACUUACCAUGUGCUCCUUGAUAGGUGUCUUUUAUCAAGCUGCCUUUCAAAUGGACGUGACCAAAGACUGUUGGUUGGAUGCCUGAUGUAGUUCCUGUUGUCUUCAUAAAGUGCCAGUAUAUUUUUUUUAUGUUUCAGUGACCAUACCUUUCUGAUAAUACCUUUCUUUUUAAUCACAUUUUUCUAUUAGCAAAAUUUUU